UCCCGGAAUUUGCUCGCUGCUGGUCGCCGGUAUAUUGCGACUCCAUUCAUCGAACUUGAAGUCCCGCGCUACAACAACAAUCGACCGAGACCGCACCACUCCAAGCCGCCCGAUCGAAUCGAACAUGGCCAUUAACCGCGAGGAGUGAACCGAGGGACUGCAAAAGCAAGAUGGCGUACAAGGCGGAUGUGAAGACGACAUUUGAGCCUAGCCGGGUCAUCCAACCAAUCUUUACUGGCGGGAGUGUCUCUCUCAGUGAAGAUGGCAAGAUUCUCGCCUCAUGCCUGGGCGAAGAAGCUCUUCUCACAAAUCUUUCCACUGGAGCUCACUUGACGCGAAUAGAAGGCGACGGCGAACCACUCACAACUCUGAUCCUCACACCCGAUGCCUCACAUCUAAUACUAUGCUCACGAUCGCUUUCGAUGCGCAUAUAUGCGCUGCAAAUAUCUGGACUGGAGGAAGAGAUCGAGGCGAAGCUCAUCCGAACUGUCAAACCGCAUACCACUCCCGUUGUGUCAAUAGCCACGGACUCGACUAGCACACUACUGGCAACUGGUGGUGCAGAUGGUGUUGUCAAGGUUUGGGACAUACGAGGAGGCUUCAUUACACAUACUUUCCACGGUCAUAGUGGGCUCAUCUCCGCUCUGCAUUUCUUCCACGUCGAUCCGGAGUCUGAGGAGCAACCAGCGAAGAGCAAGAAGAGGAAGAAUCGGCAAAGAAAUGAGGAAGUGGAAGUGGUGCAGAACGAAGCAACGGCAGGAUACAGGCUGGCGUCGGGUGGAGAGGAUGGGAAAGUCAGAAUAUGGGAUCUGCACAAGAGGAAGAGCGCGGCGACAUUAGACUCCCACGUGUCCGUUGUUCGAUGUCUGGACUACUCUCCAGAGCGAAAGCUGCUGUUGUCGGCAAGCCGUGACAAGACUGCGAUAUUGUGGGACUCCCGGACAUGGACGAUAGCAUCAACGGUCGCUGUGCUGGAAAGUGUUGAGGGAGCUGCCUUUCUGGAGAAUGGACGCUUAUUCUACACUGCCGGAGAGACAGCGAGGCUACGGUUAUGGAGCACCGACGGCGGAAGCGAAGUGACGGAAGACCAAGAAAGUGGAUCAGAAGUUGAAGCCAUCCUGGAUGUGUUGCACUUCCCAUCUCUGGCAUUCCUCCUGACCGUCCACGCUGAUCAGACGUUGGUUCUGCGUGACAUUUCACAUCUUCACGAACUCUCCACAUCUCAACAAAUACCAGCACUACCGAUCAUGCAACGAAUAAGCGGAACUCACGACGAAGUCAUCGAUCUAGCGUACGUCGGACGAGACCGCUCAUUGCUCGCCCUGGCAACGAAUCUGGAAGAUGUCCGGAUCAUAUCCUUGAAGACAGAUGCUUCAUCAGGCGAUGGCGCCUCGCCGUACUUCGGCGCCGAUGUCGCUUUACUAAAAGGUCACGACGAGAUCAUCAUCACAAUCGACACGGACUGGUCAGGUCACUGGCUAGCGACUGGCGCAAAAGAUAACACGGCCAGGCUAUGGCGACUUGACCCCGAGCACGAUUCAUACGAAUGUUACGCUACAUUCACAGGCCACGCGGAAAGUGUCGGCGCGGUAUCACUACCUAAUGCUGCUCCUCCGGUCGGCUCAAAAGAGUACGAGUCGCCUCUUCAGCAUCCACCCAAGUUCAUGAUCACUGGUAGUCAAGACAAGACGAUCAAGAGAUGGGACAUUGCAUCAGCUGGCAAGGGUCCGCGAGCUGCAUACACCCGCAAAGCACACGACAAGGACAUCAAUGCCAUCGAAACUUCAUAUACUUCACCGGCACUUUUCGCAUCAGCAUCUCAAGAUCGUACAGUCAAGAUCUGGGACGUUGAGACAGGUGAGGCCAUUGGUGUACUUCGCGGUCACAAGCGUGGUGUCUGGACAGUGGCGUUCUCACCACUCGGCAUGCCCGCAUUGACGACCGGUGAUAGUGGAGCUGCGAGCACUGCGCGCGGAAUGGUCGUCACCGGGAGUGGAGACAAGACUGUCAGAAUUUGGAGUCUGACUGACUAUAGCUGCCUCAGAACAUUUGAAGGGCAUGCAAACAGUGUAUUGAAGGUCGUCUGGCUACCGCCGCCGUCGAAGGAUGGCAAAGACCGGAGAGGCAUUCAAGUGGCUAGCGCCGCCGGUGAUGGACUGGUGAAGGUGUGGAACGCGCAAGACAGUGAAUGCGCUGCAACGUUGGACAAUCAUAUCGAUCGAGUCUGGGCACUGGCUGUGAAGCCUUCGCCUAUGCUAACCACGGCCGAGCAGGAUUUACGAGAAGCAGACGAUGCUAACGAGGAAGCCGAUGACAGCAGCAGCUCUUCACUGGAACUCGUUUCCGGAUCCGCAGACAGCACGCUCACCUUCUGGACGGAUACCACGGCCACCACGGCAAUGCAAGCCACAACACAAGCAACAGCACGCAUCGAGCAGGACCAAGAACUGCAAAACCAUAUCCGGGCCAACAACUUCCGCGAAGCGAUCGUGCUCGCUCUUCAACUCAAUCAUCCGAAACGUCUUCUCGAACUCUUCCGGACAGUAAUCGAGAAAGGCAACGAUCCUGGAAGCUUCACAGGAAAGACUGAAGUCGAUGAAGUGCUCGCAUCUCUCAGCUCCGGCCAGCUCUGGAAUCUUCUUCGUCGAAUUCGAGAUUGGAAUGCCAACGGCCGAACACAUCAUGUUGCGCAGCGAGUGCUUUACGCUCUGCUACGGAUAUACCCUAAAGAGCGCCUCCUGAAUCUGCAGAAGCGAAGGAAACCAGUACCAGGCGAUGAACAGCAAGAAAACGAGAGCGUGAAGGAUGUGGUGGAUGCGCUCAAGGCUUAUACUGAGAGGCAUUACAACAGGUUGGAGAAGACGGGCGAGGAGAGGUUUGUGCUUCUGUGGGCUUUGGGUCAGAUGGAUGAUGUUAGUGGGAUGAAGGGUAUUGAGAACGGGUAUGUCAAUGGGCAUACCGAGAAGCAUGAGGAGGAUGUUUUGAUGCUUGAUGGAGCAUGA